AUGUCAGACAUAGAUCUAAUGCGUCACUGGGGACGCCGGGACUAUGUGGAGGAAGUAUCAGAUUCGGAAAGUGAUUUUGGCAAUGGUCCUCUGUUUACCAUUCAGGAAGGAUCCGAGGAUGAAGACUCGCAGGACGAACGAGUGGUGGACGAAGAAGACGAUGGAGAAGUAUACGAUGAAGAAUAUGGAAACGAGAAUGAAGAUAUUGAUGAGGAUGAAGACUUGCAAGAUGACAAUGUCAAGAAUCUGUAUGGGGAUUCAGAUACAGAGACAACAGUUCACGAUUCCACGGCCAACAGCACAACCACCAUGACAAACAUGACCAACAGUUCCCUGCUUCAGGUUUCUCAACCAAGUCAUAGAAUGGGAAGUCAUAAUUACAUUCCAGCGUCUGCCACUGCGUCAAGUGCAAACGGCAAGUACCGCACUGUAUCCAUCUUUGGGGGUAUCUUAGAUUUAGCCGAUCCCACUGACGGCGACGGUGAUUCAAUUUCGUCGGAUGGCUUCAGCGACGACUGGUCCGUCGAAGAAGAGGUGCAGCCUCAGAGAAAACCGCGAAAGGCCAAACCAUUGAGGCAGGCUCCGACAGAACGAAUUGAAUUCAAAUCCGAACAGGCCAGAGAUGAUGAGGUCCACAGUGAACUGAAGUCAGACGCGCAACAGCAAGAUGAACCAAUCGAGAAGUCUGAAGUUCGUGCCGAAGACAAAGAACACAAUGACCGCUAUCGUGAACAAGAAAAGAGCUCGGAACCGCCGGUGAAGAAAAUUUUGACAUCCAAAGUUACAGAGUCAGUGCCAGCAACGACAACAACCGAAACAACAAAUCUUCUGCAAGAUGCCAAUGGCUUUGAACAGGACGCAGCUUCUGAAAUUGACGAGAGUGUUGUCACUCCUGAUGACAUUCCCAAGAGUAUCGAUUUGUCGUUAUUCUUGGAUAAAUCUCUGGAAGAACGGCGACAGUUGCAACGCUGUUUUCUCAAUGAGCUUUUCUUCUUGCCUGUCUCCUAA